CCAGAAACAAACAAAAACAUCAGCAAGAAGAUCCUGUUUGUGUAAAAAUCAAAUCAAGAUCCCCCAGCCAGGCCUACCACUGCCAGCACUACAACAAGAUGUCCGAAGGAGCAGAACAAGAACCUCCCCCGAGUUGCUCUCCUGCUCCGUUCGAUGAGCAACCAAGAGAUGCACCAGUUCUUCCGGCUCAUAUCGACGACUCCCCCGCGUUGCUCUCUUCUUCCCGGUCCUCGCUCGAACUCGACGCCGACCAGGAAUCGUCUCCGGAAAAUAUAGGUGCAGCUGCAGAGCCAAGCAGAACGAACACCACCACCAACGCCGGCAAUCCUUUUCUAAAUCCGGACCUCUCUCCAGAGGAACUGAACAAAUACGAUGGGGAGCCAGCGGCGGAACAAAUAAUUGGUGGGCAGAGGAAGAC